AUGGCGAAUUAUAAUAAGGUUAUCACAGAAUUACAUGAAACAUUUCUUACUGGUAAAACCAAGACGUAUGAAUGGAGAGAUAGACAAUUACGACAAUUAUUAAAACUUAUCGAAGAAAAUGGGAAAGCUAUUGAAGAUGCCCUGUUCAAGGAUUUGCACAAGCAUGCUAAUGAAGCUCAAAUAAUGGAAACUGGUAUGGUGAAGAAUGAUUUGAUAAAUGCUAUAAAUAGUCUUAGUGACUGGAUGAAGCCAGAUAUGGUGAAAAAAGAUCUUUUGGUUGCCAUGGAUACAUGUUUUAUUCAAUCUGAACCAUUUGGGGUAACACUGAUAUUAGGGGCAUGGAAUUACCCCAUACAGUUAACAUUACUACCACUAAUUGGGGCCAUUGCAGCAGGAAAUUGUGCUGUAGUUAAACCAUCUGAAUUAUCUCACUAUACAGCAUUAGUAUUAGAGGACCUUAUUCCGAAAUAUUUAGAUACAGAAUGUAUAAAAGUUAUCAAUGGAGCUGUACCAGAAACUACAGCUUUAUUGAAAGAAAGAUUUGAUUUGAUAUUUUACACUGGUAAUAAUGUUGUAGCGAAAAUUGUAAUGGCUGCUGCCGCCAAGAACCUAACGCCUGUUAUUUUAGAAUUAGGAGGUAAAAGCCCUGUAUAUAUAGAUAAGAAUAUAGACUAUAAUACUGUAGCUAGAAGAUUGGUAUGGGGUAAAGCAAUUAACAGUGGUCAGACUUGUAUAGCACCAGAUUAUGUUUUAUGUACCACAGAUGUUCAGAACAAAAUAAUUGAAGAAAUGAAGAAAGUCGUAAAUGAUUUCUAUGGUGAUCCGUCUAAAUCAGAAUAUUAUGGCAGAAUCAUAAAUGACAGACAUUUUGAACGUGUAAAAAGUUUAUUAAAAGGUGUGAAUAUAGCUAUUGGUGGGAAUGUCAAUGAAAAAGAAAGGCUUAUUUCACCUACUGUAUUAAAAGACGUUAAAACAACAGAUCAUGUCAUGCAGAGCGAGAUAUUUGGACCAAUAUUACCUAUUGUUACUGUUCAAAAUGAAGAUGAGGCUAUAGAAUAUAUUAAUUCAGGAGAGAAACCUUUAGCUUUGUAUGUUUUUUCUUCGAAUGACAAGAUAGUAAACAAAUUUUUAAGUCAAACAAGUAGUGGUGGAGUUUGUGUCAAUGAUACUUUAUUACAUGCUGGAAUUCAAACAUUACCAUUUGGCGGGGUUGGACAUAGUGGAAUUGGAGGUUAUCAUGGAAAAUUUUCUUUUGAUGUCUUUUCUCAUAAAAGAUCAGUUUUGAAGAGAGGCCUAGGAAUGGAGUUUGUAAAUAACAUACGCUACCCACCAUAUACAGAGAAAAAAAUGAAAAUUUUAAAUCUACUGACUGGAAAGAAAGUUAAGAAGACUGGUAUUAUGUCAUUCUUGCCUUUUGUUUUGUUUGGAACUUUUCUGGCCUUUGUGUUCAAGUCAGUUGGUGUGGAAGCCAUAGCUGCUAGGAUUAAACCUCUAUUAGGUAAAAAGGACUGAAGAAAAGAAUGACCACAUUCCAAUAAAGACAAAAAGACUAUCACAUCAUUUUUUUUUUACAGUUUUUUCUGUCACCUGGCUGGUCCUAGUUUAAAUUACUUUAAUUGAUACAUUUUAUGAUAACAAAUCCUGUUUUAGUAUCUAGAAACUAUGAACUUUGACAUGACAAGCCUAAUUUUAACUACAGAUAAGAUAGUUCAUAUUGAAAUUUUCUUCUAUUUGAAUUAUGUUGUACAAAAGCUAGGCUUUUGCCUGCAUGUAGGUAACUUGAUCACAAAGAAAUUUGGUCACAGUAGACUGGUCACAGGUCAAUUUUCUGUGACAUUUGUACAUUGUGACCACAUUUCUUUGACCAGUGUACCUUGUGAACAUUAUUCUGUGUCUAAUGUACUUUGUCACCUUAUUUCUGUAAACUUUACCUUGUCACCAAUGUACCUUGUGACCAUAUUUCUGUAAAUAAUAUACCUUGAGAGCAUAUUGCUGUAAACCAUUUACUAUGUGACCAUAUUUCUGUUAAAAUGUACCUUGUGACCACAUGUCUAUGAAGCAUGUACAUUGUGACCACAUUUAUAUGAAGCAUAUACAUUGAGACCAUGUUACUGUGACUAAUGUUCCAUAUUGUGUUAUAUUUAUUGUACAUGCAUUUAUGUUUAUAUAAUCCUAUAGUGUGAAUGAUGAAAGAUAUGGGUGGGCACCACUUGAUUUAAUGGUGCAUAAGAUACAAUUUUACAAUGGUACUGAGGGAAUAUUUAUUGGUUGUUCACAGACGAGAAGUUUAGACAAAGGAAUGAAUGCUUCUAUGUACAUAUAUGCUUAUCUUUUUACAUAUUGUUUAACACAUAAUUAAUAUUGAUUAAAAUCAAUUCAAACUAGAAUG